AUGACUGGUCGCGCGAGCCUCAGUGGUGCCAAGCAGGUUCAUCAGCGGCGCGGUGAGCAAGAGGAGGUCGUGGCUGAUAACGGGCUGCAAAGUGAGAUGGACAGCAAUGGACCAAAUGGCAACCGCAGCAGUGAGGAGGGCGAGAAUGAUGACAACGACGCCGACGCAGGACAAGGCCACGCUGUCAAUCACGGCCACCGGCGCAUGGCACCAAGUGAGCCGAUCGCGUUGCACACCUCUGAGUGCGCCGGUGCACACGACAACCACACCAACGCACCCCGCCUUGCUGUCGGGUUCACGGACGCCGAGUCCCCAGGCAAGCCAGACGGCGGUGCCUGCAGCACCCAGGCGGGUGUUCUGGACCCAUCCGCGGCCAUCUACACUGAGUGGGACCGCGGCAGCAUGAGCAAACACAAGAGGAUGACGGUGUGGCGCCGACUACGGCACAGCGAACACGUGAUCACGUUUCUUGAGGUGGGUCACACCAUCUACCUGCUACUCCGCCGCCGCGACUUUGUCUUUUUGCUCAGUGCCUUCAGUGUCAGUAUGGGCAGCGUGUGGACCUUCGCCUCUGUGCUGGCGCAGAUCUUGGAGCCUUUCGGCGUGGCGGCGGAACUGGCGGGCAGCAUUGGUGCUGCCAACAUUGUUCUCGGGACGGUGGUGUCGUACCUGAUCGGCCUCUGGGUGGACCGCACACGACACUAUAAGUCCCCACUUUGUGUGUGCAUGAUGGGCUCCGUUCUUUGUUGCAUUGGGCUCAUCGUCAUUAUGCUGAAGGCGCCGAGCCACAGUCGUACAAUGGAUGGACUCUGUUCUUUCAUCUACAUCUUUGCCGGUGUCUUCCAGAACACCGCCAUCCCGAUCUGCUUCGAGUACUCAAUGGAGAUUUCCUACCCAUUGCCAGAGUCCGUGCCCGGUGCCCUCCUCAUGGCCGGUGCAAACCUGUGCUCUCUAAUCAUGCUCUCCAUUGCCUCUGCAAUGCUCGGUGACGGUGUUGCGUCGACCUCGGCUUGUGUCAACGUGCUCAUUCUCAUCACGUGCGUCUGCUUUGUGGGUGCUGUUCUCUCCAUCUUUCCGCGCGAGAGGCUCUACCGGCACGAUGCGGAGGUGGAGGCGCGGCAGCAGCUGGUAGCGAAGCCAGCCGGCACCUAUGCAGCCAACACUGCAACGACACAGCCGUUUCACUGGAGUUCGGUGACGACACAUUCGCAGCAGCCGCUGUCUGGGGUGGGGAGUGCUACGCAGGGCGUGUCGGUGCCGUUCAGUGGUGGCGCCGGCAACGAUGCGAAGGCUGAGGAAGAGAUCCUACCGUUUGCGGAACGCCGUUCGUCCACGAUGGAGGCACCUUCUGCCGGCGCCGCGGUGCGCAAGAGCGUCUUUUCCGAGGAUGAGCUUCUCGACGACGCCCCGGCGGAUGCGCUGCAGUUAAAUGAUCGAAUUGCGCGAAGUGAAAUGAACGACGCUACGUCGGCAUUGGCACCACAGCAAGGGAGGGGGAUGCACCUGCGACCUCGUUGA